UUUCCGCUUCCUGCCUAGCAGUGGAGGAACGGCGGUUGGAACGCGACAUGGCAACCACGGCAGCGACCACCAAGGUCCCCGAGGUGCGGGACGUGACGCGGAUCGAGCGCAUUGGUGCUCACUCCCACAUCCGAGGCUUGGGCCUGGACGAUGCUCUGGAGCCGAGACAGGUGUCGCAGGGCAUGGUGGGGCAGCUGGCGGCCCGGCGGGCGGCCGGCGUGGUGCUGGAGAUGAUCCGGGAGGGGAAGAUCGCCGGGCGCGCGGUGCUGAUCGCGGGGCAGCCUGGCACCGGGAAGACGGCCAUCGCCAUGGGCAUGGCCCAGGCCCUGGGGCCCGACACGCCCUUCACGGCCAUCGCCGGCAGCGAGAUCUUCUCUCUGGAGAUGAGCAAGACGGAAGCCCUGACCCAGGCCUUCCGCAGGUCCAUCGGGGUUCGGAUCAAGGAGGAGACGGAAAUCAUCGAAGGGGAGGUGGUGGAGAUCCAGAUUGACCGGCCCGCCACAGGCACCGGCUCCAAGGUGGGGAAGUUGACCCUGAAGACCACGGAGAUGGAGACCAUCUACGACCUGGGCACCAAGAUGAUCGAGUCCCUGACCAAGGAGAAGGUCCAGGCAGGGGACGUCAUCACCAUCGACAAGGCCACGGGGAAGAUCUCGAAGCUGGGCCGCUCGUUUACCCGCGCUCGGGACUACGACGCCAUGGGCUCCCAGACCAAGUUCGUCCAGUGUCCAGACGGGGAGCUUCAGAAGAGGAAGGAGGUCGUGCACACGGUUUCUCUCCACGAGAUCGACGUCAUCAACUCCCGCACGCAGGGCUUCUUGGCCCUCUUUUCGGGUGACACCGGGGAGAUCAAGUCGGAGGUGCGGGAGCAGAUCAACGCCAAGGUGGCCGAGUGGCGAGAGGAGGGCAAAGCGGAGAUCAUCCCGGGGGUGCUCUUCAUAGACGAGGUCCACAUGCUCGACAUCGAGAGCUUCUCCUUCCUCAACCGGGCUCUGGAGAGCGACAUGGCCCCCGUGCUCAUCAUGGCCACCAACAGAGGCAUCACUAGGAUCCGGGGCACCAGCUACCAGAGCCCCCACGGGAUCCCCAUCGACCUGCUGGACCGGCUGCUCAUCGUCUCUACCACUCCUUACAGUGAGAAGGACACGAAGCAGAUUCUCCGGAUCCGGUGUGAGGAGGAGGACGUGGAGAUGAGCGAAGACGCGUACACGGUGCUGACGCGCAUCGGGCUGGAGACCUCUCUGCGCUACGCCAUCCAGCUGAUCACGGCUGCCAGCCUGGUGUGCCGCAAGCGCAAGGGCACCGAGGUGCAGGUGGACGACAUUAAGCGGGUGUACUCUCUCUUCCUGGACGAGUCCCGGUCCACGCAGUACAUGAAGGAGUACCAGGACGCUUUUCUCUUCAACGAGCUGAAAGGCGAGACCAUGGACACCUCCUGAGCCUCCUCGACAGAUGCCCCGAUUCCCUCCCGCUCCCCCGCUUUUCUACCUGAGUUGUGACAUUUGAACUUUCUAUAAAACCGUUCUGGAAGC